AACGAUCGGAAGUUUAGCAUCAUCAACCAAUUUUAAUGCGUUGUAAAAUGAAUUUCGUCGUAUCAAUUUAAAAGAUGUAAACAUUUUAUGAAUGUCUCAUUUGAAAGAAGUCUAACAGUGAAUAAUAGUUUACUGUCAAGAAAUUUUCCCGACUCGCCUUCAGAGAUGACGCGACCAUUUGGUCUAAUCAUUAUUGGGAUCUGCAAAUCAGUGCCACUGAAGCAAUCUAAAAUUAAUGUGUCAGUUCAGGGUUUCAUAGCCAAUGUGGAAUGUCAACUGUCCUACAAGAAUGAAACCACAGGACCCAUACAAACCAGUUUCGUUUUUCCAAUGGAUGAUAUGUCAGCUGUAUACAAAUUUGAAGCUGACAUCAAUGGAAAUCACAUCAUCGCAGAAUGUCAGGAAAAGGAUGAGGCGAGAAGAACUUACGAUGAAGCAAUUUCUCGAGGACACACGGCAAUGUUACUAGAGGAGGAAGAUACAGCCGGUGACAUCUUUGAAUGUAAACUUGGCAAUCAGCCAGCCGGACAGACAGCUGUAUUAACAAUGAGUUACGCUGUAGAACUAUCAUAUCAGCCAGGUGGGGCAGUUAGGUUCACAUUACCUACUGUUCUUAAUCCUAGAUACAUGCCAGUUGAUGAAAGUGCAAUUGGAAACCAGCCAUCUCGUGGAGAAAUUGACAUACAAUAUCCCUGUCUUCUGACGUUUAAUAGCACCAUUACAGGACGGUAUAGAAUAAGGUCUGUAUCUAGCUCCAAAGACAAACUGAAUGUGACCUACAACUAAUACAAGACAUCAGCUGAUAUUCACCUUGUCGGUUCAUUCAACUUUGACCAUGAUUUAACCUUUGACAUCCAUUAUCAAGAUCCAUAUAAACCCGAGGUUCUGAUUGAAAAUGGAGAUCCGACUAAAGAUGGCAUGCUGAAGGAAGAUUUAUUAAUGGUCAAUUUCCUGCCACAGUUUCCAAGUGACGGGUCAUUCUUUUCCAGUAAACGAGAGUUUAUAUUUGUAAUAGAUCGAUCGGGUAGUAUGCAUGGUGACAGAAUAACAAAAUCCAAAGAAACACUACUACUGUUAUUGAAAAGCUUACCAAUGGAUUGUCUCUUUAAUGUCGUUUCAUUUGGAAGUCACCACACUUUCUUAUUUAAAAAGAGUGAAGAGUAUAAUGAGAAAACUCUUAAGGAUGCGUUGGUUCUCCAAAAGCAUUUAGAUGCAAAUAUGGGUGGAACAGAAAUUUUACGUCCACUAACGCAGAUAUAUCAACAAAUGGCUAAAAGCGCAUACCGAAGACAGAUAUUUCUUUUGACAGACGGCGAGGUAGGAAAUACAAAUGAAGUUAUAUCUCUAGUCAAGCAGAAUGCCACAAAUACUAGAGUGUUUACAUUUGGAAUAGGCGAAGGUGUGUCAACAAGCCUUAUCAAAGGCAUGGCCAAUGCAUCCAAUGGGAAAGCGACAUUCAUUAGAGACAAAGACAAUAUGCAUGCAAAGGUCAUGUCAGUUAUGAAAUGGUCAAUGGAGGAUUGUUUUUGUAAUGGUAAAGUUGAGUGGCACUUACCACCUGAUUACAAAGUAACCACUUUACCAAUACAGCCACCACACGUCUUCAGAGGAGAGAAAUUAGUAUUAUUUGCGAUGCUGAGCUUUCACGACAAAGAAAGAACAACAUUAGGUUCUGUAAAUUUAAGAGGAGAUCUUGGAGGAAAAACUAUUACUCACAGUAUGGAAAUAGAUGUCAAACAAACGGCACAUAUUGAUCUUCCGCUACAUCGGAUUGCCGCUAAAUAUCAGAUAAAAGAAUUAGAAUUAAAUGAUAACGAUGGUUCCAAUAAGUGGCUCAUUGUAUUAGCAAGCAAAGCUGCUAAUGUUGUAUCUAAGUAUACAUCAUUCAUCGGCGUGGACAGGGAAACUAGAGUUCCAUUAGAAUUACCACCUGAACCAAUGAUUGAACCUCAUUUUUACAAUAUGUACAUACCUUCGUAUGCUACAGGGGGAGCACCUCCACUUCCAAUGUCACGACCUUUUCCACCAACUGCCUUCGCUUCUCCACCACCAGGCGGUUAUCUACCGACGUAUGGUUCAGGACCACCGCCACCACCUCCACCACCUAGCGGAUAUCUUCCAGCGUAUGGUUCAGGACCACCACCACCACCUCCACCAGGCGGAGUUUUUCCGAAGUUCGGUUCAGGACCACCACCACCACCUCCACCAUCGUCAGCAACUCCUCCAACAAACAGAACAGCUGUGCCUCCUCUCCCUCGAAAGCUUACUACCCGGUCAGGAACUACAGGCAGUGAUUCACAAUUACCGCCUGCACCGCCUCCAUCAAUAACACCUCCUGGAGCGAGUAUGCCGCCAUUUAGAUCAAGACCACCACCACCUGCUCCACCAACAAGCUCAGAUGGAGUCAACAUAUCUAGCGAAAUGGACGAUAUGAUGUUACUGGUUUCAUUACAAAAUUUCAAUGGAUCCUGGUCGUCCUCCCUGGAGAUUGGGAACAUAACUUUGCUGAAAAUCAAUUUACUUGACAACGACCGAUAUGCGGAAAAUGUUUGGUGCACCGCUAUUGUAAUUAAGUUCUUACAAAUGUUUUACCCAGACCUUCGAGAUGUCUGGGAGAUGAUUCAGAUGAAAGCACUGCAGUGGCUUAAUUCGCAACUCAAAGAAGACCAAACAGUUGACGAACUCUUUCAAGAUGUUGAUGAUGCUUGCAUUGUUUAAUAUUGCAAGAAAUGAGACAAGGGAUUUAUAUGCUCAUCAUACAAGCACUGUAUUAUGAAAAAAAAAUCCAAUUUAAAUGAGAGGAUGUCUUUUAUACGUUUUUAAAUAGAUUAUUAGUCUCAAAAUAUUAAGCUUCAUUUUAAAUUAGAUAUACAUAUAUUAACUGUGAUUCAAAUGUUUAUUAUUAUAUUAUGAAAUAUGCUUUAAAUGAAACUUCAAAUUUCUUAAGACUGUUUUCGAUUUAUUAAAUGCAUUCCAAUAAAGGACCAAGAAGAUUUUCAAAUUUCUAUUGAAUAAAGAUUUUUGUUGGAUUCUGUUAAACACUAAAAGACUAUAUAAUAUGAUUAACAAAUUUGAAAAAAAAAGUUUGAAUGUAUUAGAAGAAAUGAAUUCCGAAAACUGUAGUAUAUGUAUUUGAAUGAUAUUUUUGCAAUAAAGUUUAUUCGAAGGA